UCCAUGGACCCCAUAUGGCUAUGCUCGCCCCGCCAGGGGUUUGCGAACUUUAGCCAGCAAAACAUGCAGAUGGGUUUGACUUUGCACUUUGCUUACAGUUUGUUAUGUUGAUAGUCUGAUAUUACUGGGAAGAAGUUAGUUUCUUUUCGUAGUAAGUAAGAAUAUUCUUUUCACUGCAGUUUGGUCUUGAGAAUCUGAUAAGUAAUAAUUUUUUCACGAUUCUGCUGCAAGCGAGGGACGAUGUGUGCGUGCAGACCGAGGACAGCAUUUAGCGUCUCCCUGCAAAAGCAACCAGCAGGCAGUGGUUGUUUCCUCCUUCUGCUGCUUCUGCCCUUGACUGCCGGAUGUCCUACAUUCGCACCAAAGCCGGCGCCAGUAAACCUGAAGGACAUGUUGGCGGAGGCCCUGCUGCAGCAGCGCGACGACGACCGCGUCGUGCUGUCCCAAAUGGCGCCGAGCAAAUUCUUGGCGAGCAGCGUGGUGUAUCGACCGCGUCUGGGCGAGGACGCGGUGUUCAACUGCAGCGUUCCCGCCGACGUUGACUGGCACGAUGUGUCCUGGCUGCACGAGCACUGGACCGUCUUCCGCGAUGGACACACGCAACCGCUGCGGGAGAGGGACACCACGGGACAGACCUACAACUUCACCCGCGUCAACGACACCCUCAUCCUCGUCGUCCGCAACGUCACCCUGCGCUCCGGCGGCCUCGUCUACUGCGUCAUCCCGCCGUACGCGCCCACCGCCCGCCGGCCCGAACGCGAGUACCUGCAGCGCUUCCUGCUGCUGCCGCUGGUCACGCGCCGCAGCGAGGUCUUCGCCGCGACGAACGAAACUUCGGUGACCGUCAGCGAGGGCGCGGAGGUGACGCUGCAGUGCAGCAUGUAUCUGCCCCUCCCGGAAGGCAUUCUCGGGAAUUUCUGGAAUCACCUGAUGUGGGUCCAUCAGGGGCGCAUUAUCCACGCUCCCUGGGAGAAGCCGUACGGGUUCCCGCCCUCCCUCCUGCAAGGACCGGGUGCCGUCGAACCGAACUACUACAUCGGGCGCUUCAACAGCCCCGGACGGAUGGCCCGCGCUUUCGUCCUCUUUCGGGCCGUCACGCUGGCGGAUGCCGGAGACUACCAGUGCUGGUUCCGGCCGCACCACUACCUGCACGAAUGGAUCGCGCAAAAUAUUACGCUGCUGGUUGUCCCCAAGAAUAACACGCAGUGUAAUGAUUAGCGAUAUUGACCGGGGAGUGGGUUGCUUCGAUGUCGAUAUUGAGUUAACAAACGGUACAAUGCAGCGUAUUAAACAGCAAUGUUCCGCUUUCUGAAGACACUGAACGUUUCUGUAUCAUUGCAGUUUCGUAGCCAUAACGGCUAGGGCGGGGAGAAAAUUUAGACCAACUCACCAGCAUUAAGAAAAAAUGAUUGUUUUUCGUAGAAUUUUUUGUAUUCUUAUGUUUACUGUUUUCUCGCGUCUGCAAGAUCUCGCCAUAGUCGUUCAACAGAGAAGACCUUCGCCAUGCUUCUUAAAAAUCACAAAGGUACGAUUUCACA